GUUUUCACAUAACCCCCGGUAAUGAGAGAUUUCAGACGGUCAUUUAGUUUAACCUGUGUAUUACAAACUGAUACGUAACUGUAACGAGCCCUGGUGAAUGGGGUGGUCCUCUGUCGUCCUCUCUGCAGUCUACUCUGUUCCACGUGUACAUUUCCUUGUCGUAUGCCCUCAAGUUGUAUGCAACUUCCGUAAUCUGCAUGUUCCCCGGGACUGCCAUGUUACAUAAGAUGUGGUAUAUAAAUAUCAAAAGCAGUAAAACCACCCAGUUACUUUGAGAACUCACAGACAAAAUGAUCCGGAUUAUAAUUAUUGGACUGUUGGCAACUGUUGCCAUGGGUCAAAUGUUUGGAGGAAUGGAUCUCUCCAGCAUGAUGUCAAACAUCAACCCCGAAAUGUUGAAAGAUUUGACACCCGAGAAAAUCCAGGACGCCCUUAAAAACCUUCCCCCAAACAUGAAGGAAAUGAUGAACAAUAUGGGAGUUGACGAAAGCCAGCUCGAGGAUAUGGUGAAGAAUUUGCCUAAGGACAUGGAUCUGAGCGCCCUAGCCGACCAGGUCAAAGGUCAAGUUGGAUUUGAUAUGGAUCAGAUUAAGAAUGCCAUGAAAGGAAUGGGGAUUGAAGGUGAUCUUAGCGAAGUCGUCAGCAGGAUGAAGAAAGAUCUUUUGGAACAGGUCCAGAAAGAUUUAGAUAUUGAGAUGGAGAAUGUUGACACCAGCGACAUCGUUAGCAAGCUGAAGGAGAAGAUCAUGGGUGACCUUGAGAAGCAGGGAUUGGACCUCAGUCACCCAGAGGAGCUGAAGAAACAGAUCUUAGAGGAGAUGAAAGUGUCCUACGGAGUGGAACCCGACAUGGACAAUGAGGAGUUCAAGCAGAUGAUCGUGAAGAACAUCAUUAGUGACUUAAAAGAUGAGGGUUUCGAUGUCGAUCCCGAGAAGCCAGAGGAGUCCCUAAUGAAGUUGAGAGAGAUCGCCAACGAAAAGGCCCGAGAGUUCGGAUUCGACUUCUCCAACGGAUUCGACUUCGGUUCCAUGGGUAACAACAUCAUGGAGAAAUUAAGAGCUUUCGGAGUCCCAGUUGAUGAACCCAGCAAACUCCUCCCUUACAUCAUGGAGAAAGCCCAGGAGUACAUGCCAAUGAUUCAGGAGAUGAUGGUGGCCCAGUCCAUGCCCCCAGUCCAUCCCAUCCCCAUGGGACCUGCUCCCCAAUACGGAGCUCCCCUGACCUUGAACCUUGAGAUCAAUGUUGAUGGCGGAGACAGAUCCACCAAUGUCGGCAUGCCUGUCAGCCAUUUUUCUGAGGAGGAGGUCAGCGAGCUGCUCCAAGAUCUUCUCCACUAUCGCACUCUGGCCAAGAGUCUAAUUGCCAAGAACGAAAUGCUGCAUCAUCGCAUUGAGGCGCUAGAGACCAGAAGACCAGUCAUGUCCAGGUCACCCAUGCUCGGAGCUCUUAUGCACAAAUACCACAUGGAAAACUAAAAAAAUUUCUUUUCAUCCAGAAGUCAGCAGGCGUUUCCCUUUGGUGCCAUGAGCGGCAAUAAACAAACGCCAGUUGUAGAAAUUGACUGAAAGAGUA